AUGAUUCCGGAUGCGGAGAUGGCCUUUGAUGCUCAAGAGGGGAGCCUUCUCAUCAGCUGGUGGACUAUGCAGAUAUUUGGGGAUAUUAAGGGAGCUGCAGAGGAUAUUCUAAGACUUGAGCAAGAUCUUGCGCGCGGCUCUACAGUGCCUCAAACAGAACCCACACCUAAGGAAAAUUCAAUGCAGAUUGUGCAGAGAAUACCGUAG